AUGACCAGUGGGAGGCGGAAGAGCCUCUCGCAGACGUACUGGACGCGCGCAAAGCGGCCCACGGCCCACGUGGCGUCGGACACGCAGGGGCCCGCUCCUGUGCAGCCCCGGUGGAAGCGGGUCCUGGGCUGGUCCGGUCCGGUUCCGCGGCCCCGGCACGGUCACCGAGCCGUGGCCAUCAAGGAGCUGAUGGUGGUGUUUGGAGGUGGAAACGAGGGGAUCGUGGACGAGCUGCACGUCUACAACACGGCCACAAACCAGUGGUUUGUGCCAGCAGUGCGAGGAGAUAUCCCUCCGGGGUGCGCUGCGUACGGAUUCGUGUGUGACGGGACGAGGCUGCUGGUGUUCGGAGGCAUGGUGGAGUACGGGAAAUACAGCAAUGACCUUUACGAGCUGCAGGCCAGCAGGUGGGAAUGGAAAAAGCUGAAACCCAAAGCCCCUAAAAACGGCCCCCCUCCCUGCCCCCGCCUGGGGCACAGCUUCUCCCUGGUGGGGAACAAGUGCUACCUCUUUGGGGGUCUGGCCAACGACAGCGAGGACCCCAAAAACAACAUUCCCAGGUAUCUCAACGACCUGUACGUUUUGGAGCUGCGCGCGGGCUCCAGCGUGGUCGGCUGGGACGUGCCCAUCACGUACGGGGUCCUGCCCCCCCCGCGGGAGAGCCACACCGCCGUGGUCUACACGGAGAAGGACAGCAGGAAGUCCCGCCUCGUCAUCUACGGGGGCAUGAGCGGCUGCCGGCUCGGGGACCUCUGGACCCUCGACAUCGACACCCUGACGUGGAGCAAGCCCACCCUGAGUGGCACGGCCCCCCUUCCCCGAAGCUUACACUCCACCACCACCAUCGGAAACAAGAUGCAUGUGUUUGGUGGCUGGGUUCCUCUUGUUAUGGAUGAUGUGAAGGUAGCGACUCACGAGAAGGAGUGGAAAUGCACCAACAGCCUGGCCUGUCUCAAUCUGGACUCGAUGACGUGGGAGCCCAUUCAGAUGGACACCCUGGAGGAUAACGUCCCGCGCGCGCGGGCGGGUCACUGCUCUGUGUCCAUCAACUCGCGCCUCUACGUGUGGAGCGGCCGGGACGGCUACCGCAAGGCCUGGAACAAUCAGGUGUGCUGCAAGGACCUGUGGUACCUGGAGACAGAGAAGCCGCCCGCGCCCUCCAGAGUGCAGCUGGUCCGAGCCAACACGAACUCCCUGGAGGUGAGCUGGGGGGCGGUGCCCACGGCGGACAGCUACCUACUGCAGCUGCAGAAAUACGACAUCCCUGCAGCCACUGCGGCCAGCUGCCCUGUGCUGAACCCCGCGCCCUCGCUGCCCGUCAGCCAGCCCAGGAACCCCGCCCCCGUGGCCCCUGCCCCUCCCUUGGGGGGGGGCAGGGGGGUACUCCCCCACCCCUCCUCGCUGCCGGUGCCUGGGAGCCCGCUGGGGGUCGCCGCCACCGCCCGUGGACCAGCCAUCCUCAAGGUGGCAGCGCCUCAGUCCAGUGGCACCUCCAUUGUCACUGUGAGGCACGCAAGCCAGGCCGGCAAGUCUCCUGUCACUGUGACCUCACUUCCUGCCGGUGUGCGGAUGGUCAUGCCCACGCAGAGUGGCCAGCCAAUGGGAAGCAGCCCCCAGAUGAGUGGGAUGGCCGCAUUGGCUGCUGCAGCCGCCGCCACCCAGAAGAUCCCGCCCUCGGCCACGCCCACCAUGCUGAAUGUUCCGGCCGGAGCCACGAUCGUCAAGACGAUGGCCCUGACCUCCGGCUCUCCCGCGCUCAAGGUGGCCGCCCCAAUCAUGGUCAGUAACCCCGCCACGCGCAUGCUGAAGACGGCAGCCGCUCAGGUGGGCACCUCCGCCACGUCCACGGGCAGCACUCCCACGCGACCCAUCAUCACCGUGCACAAGUCUGGCACCGUUACCGUGGCGCAGCAGACGCAGGUCGUCACCACCAUGGUGGGAGGAGUCACCAAAAGCAUCACGCUGGUGAAGAGCCCCAUCACCAUGCCUGGGGGCACCACGCUGAUCUCCAAUUUGGGUAAAAUGAUGUCACACACGAGCCAAGCAGCGUCAAACUCCCUCGCUCAGCUCAUACAGGCUAAAGGGCAGCUGCCAGCCGGCACCAUUCUAAAGCUGGUCACCUCUGCCGACGGCAAACCGGCCACCAUUAUCACCACGUCGCAGGCCGGCGUCACGGGCAACAAGCCCACCAUCCUGAGCAUCGGCAGCAUGUCCCCGACCGCGGCCAGCAAACCUGUCACCACCACCAUCAUCAAGACCAUCCCCAUGUCUGCCAUCAUGACUCAGCCUGGGGUCACCGGAGUCACCAGUGGCCAGGGCAUGAAGUCCCCCAUCACCAUCAUCACCACCAAGAUGAUGACGUCCGGUACCGGAUCCCCAGCCAAAUUCAUCACCACCAUGCCCAAACUGAGCAGCGGGCCGGGCCAGCAGGGGCUCACGCAGGUGGUUUUGAAGGGAGCCCCUGGGCAACCCGGCACGUACCUGCGCACCGUCCCGAUGGGAGGGGUGAGGCUGGUCACCCCCGUCACCAUGUCUUCAGUCAAGCCCAACGUCACCACACUGGUGGUUAAAGGAACCACAGGAGUGACGAACCUCUGCACUGUCACUGGUACCAUGUCCACCAGCCUGGCGGGGGGCAGCGUGGCCAGCGCCAACGCCUCCCUGGCCACGCCCAUCACCACGCUGGGCACCAUCGCCACGCUGUCCAGCCAGGUCAUCAACCCGGCAGCCCUCACCGUGUCCACGGCGCAGACCAGCCUGACCACGGCCGGCAGCCUGUCCACGCCCAGCAUCACCAUGCAGCAGCCGGUGAACCAGGCCACCCAGGUGACUCUCAUCACGACCCCCAGCGGCGUGGAGGCGCAGCCCAUCCAGGACCUCCCCGUCUCCAUCCUGGCCUCUCCCACCUCCGAGCAGCCCGCCAUCGCCGGGGACCAGCCCGGCACAGUCACCCUGGUGUGCUCCAACCCGCCCUGCGAGACCCACGAGACCGGAACCACCAACACAGCCACCACUGCCUCCUCGAACAUGGGGGUCCAGAGAGUGUGCUCCAACCCGCCCUGCGAGACCCACGAGACCGGAACCACCAACACAGGAACCACCAACACAGCCACCACUGCCUCCUCGAACAUGGGGGUCCAGAGAGUGUGCUCCAACCCGCCCUGCGAGACCCACGAGACCGGAACCACCAACACAGCCACCACUGCCUCCUCGAACAUGGGGGUCCAGAGAGUGUGCUCCAACCCGCCCUGCGAGACCCACGAGACCGGAACCACCAACACAGCCACCACUGCCUCCUCGAACAUGGGGGUCCAGAGAGUGUGCUCCAACCCGCCCUGCGAGACCCACGGGACCGGAACCACCAACACAGCCACCACUGCCUCCUCGAACAUGGGGGUCCAGAGAGUGUGCUCCAACCCGCCCUGCGAGACCCACGAGACCGGAACCACCAGCACAGCCACCACUGCCUCCUCGAACAUGGGGGUCCAGAGAGUGUGCUCCAACCCGCCCUGCGAGACCCACGAGACCGGAACCACCAGCACAGCCACCACUGCCUCCUCGAACAUGGGGGUCCAGAGAGUGUGCUCCAACCCGCCCUGCGAGACCCACGGGACCGGAACCACCAACACAGCCACCACUGCCUCCUCGAACAUGAGGGUCCAGAGAGUGUGCUCCAACCCGCCCUGCGAGACCCACGAGACCGGAACCACCAGCACAGCCACCACUGCCUCCUCGAACAUGGGGGUCCAGAGAGUGUGCUCCAACCCGCCCUGCGAGACCCACGAGACCGGAACCACCAGCACAGCCACCACUGCCUCCUCUAACAUGGGGGUCCAGAGAGUGUGCUCCAACCCGCCCUGCGAGACCCACGAGACCGGAACCACCAGCACAGCCACCACUGCCUCCUCUAACAUGGGGGUCCAGAGAGUGUGCUCCAACCCGCCCUGCGAGACCCACGAGACCGGAACCACCAGCACAACCACCACUGCCACGUCCAACAUGGGGGACCAAGGAGCCCAGCAGUCAGAUGAAGCUGCCCAGGAGGAGGCAGUAACCACGGCGGCGGCAGCAGAAGCCACGCCCCUUCCUGCCCCUUUCACAGCAUCCACGGCGACGCCCCCUCCUGCCAGCACCACCAUGCAGACCCGCGCAGUCACCUUGGUUACACAGUCCACGCCCACACCUGGGCCAGCUGUACCAUCGAUUUCCUCCAUCACCGAAGGAGGGUCAGCCUCUCCUGACGACUCGGGCCAGGCAGACUGCAGCCAGCCCUCCCCUUGCCCCGACGCUCAAGGACCACAGCCGGAGGACCUGCCCGAAACAGAGCUGCCAGGGGACUCAGAGCCCAUGCAGACGGAGCCCGCGGAGCCCGAGCUCAUGGAGAGCGGGGCAGAAGGGGAGCUGGCGCAGGAGCUGCAAGCUGGGAUGGAUGCCAGCGAGCCCGCUCUGCAGUGCCAGGAAGGCGCAGGAGACGCGGGGUCGCUGUCCGCGGGCGAGGGGGUGGAUCCGCUGUCUCUCCCCCAGGAGCUGAUGUCGGACGGCCAGGCCACGGGAGGGGCCACGCUGAUGGUGACGGGGCUCACCCCAGAGGAGCUGGCCGCCGCGGAGGCAACAGCGCAGGCAGCAGCCACAGAAGAGGCCCAGGCUCUGGCGAUCCAGGCAGUGCUGCAGGCCGCACAGCAGGCAGUGAUGAGGCAGGGCGGGCAGCACACCCCCGUCUCCACCACCAUUCCCAUCGUCCUGACCCAACAGGAGCUGGCCGCUCUGGUGCAGCAGCAGCACCAGCUGCAGGAGGCGCAGGCAGCCGCUCAGCAGAGCUUGUCCCAGGCAGCCCUGCCCACAGAGGGUCUGGCACCAGCAGACAGCCUGAACGACCCGGCCAGCGAGAGCAACGGGCACAGCGAGCUCGCCGGGGCUGUGGCGGGAGUGCUGCCAGCGGGGGCGCCAGCGGCCAGCGAGAGUCUGGCCCCCUCCAGCUCCUUCUGUCCUCCUGUGGCCAGCCCAGCCACGAUGCAGGCAGCCACUGCCCUUGCAGAGGAGGCCAAUGGGAUUGAGUCUGCAGCCGGGAAGCAGGCUCCGCCCCCCGCCCCCCCCAGGCCCCCUGUGAAGAAGGACAACCAGUGGUACGACGUGGGGGUCAUCAAGACCACCAACAUGGUGGUGACUCACUUCUACCUGCCAUCGGAUGACACGCCGACCGGAGACGUGAGUGACGCUGGCACCAUCCCGGAUUACAGCCAGCUGAAGAAGCUGGAGCUGCAGCCCGGCACGGCCUACAAGUUCCGCGUGGCCGGAGUGAACGCCUGUGGUCGCGGCUCCUUCAGCGAGAUCUCCGCCUUCAAGACCUGCCUGCCGGGGUUCCCAGGGGCCCCCUGCGCCAUCAAGAUCAGCAAGAGCCUGGACGGAGCUCACCUGACCUGGGAGCCCCCCUCCGUCACCUCUGGGAAGAUCAUAGAGUACUCUGUGUACCUGGCGAUCCAGAGCAGCCAGGCAGGGGAGCCCAAGGCCUCGUCCCCGGCCCAGCUGGCCUUCAUGCGGGUGUACUGCGGGCCCAGCCCCUCCUGCCUGGUGCAGACCUCCAGCCUGUCCAACGCACACAUCGACUACACCACCAAGCCGGCCAUCAUCUUCCGCAUCGCCGCCCGCAACGAGAAGGGCUACGGGCCGGCCACGCAGGUGCGGUGGCUGCAAGAGUCCAGUAAAGAUGGCACAGCUACCAAACCAGCUGUGAAGAGACCGGUCUCUUCAUCCCCUGAAGUGAAACCCUGUGGUCCAAAGAAGUCAAAAUCUGACGGCCAGUAAACCCCUGAGUCUCGACUUCAUUACCCCAAAUCCCCCCCCAGUGGGAUCACCUUGAAAAGAGGAGGGGAGGGGGUGGGGGAGCGGAGAGAGAGACAUUUUACAGCUUCAUUUUGUAUUGCUGUUGGUUAUUAUUGCAAUGCAGAUGAUGACGUCGUUGUUGUUUUUGUGUGUGAGAGCGGGAGAGAGAACACAGCACAUAUAUAUCUAUAUAUAUAUAUAUAUAUAUAUAUAUA